CCAAAAACAAAAACAAAAACGGAAACAAAUCCCACAGCAUAAGCAACAAUAAGCGAAGCCAAAGUGAAAACGAUAAACCACCAACCUACCAGGAAAUCAACCACAAAACUAAACCAAAACCAAAUCCAACCCAACGCAAACAGCAACAGCAACAGAAUGUCCGACAAAGGCAGCAGCAGCAGCAGCAACAACGACGCCAAUGGGGCAGCUGCACUUCCUGGAAGCAGCAACCAGGCAGCAGCAGGAGCUGCAGCACCACCGCCGCAAUAUAUCAUAACCACACCCAGCGAGGUGGACGCCGAUGAGGUGCGUUCUAUGGCUGGAGACUUGGAGCUCAGCUCGCCCGGCGAUGACAGCGUCUUUGGCUCAACCAUAACCGAGCAGCAGCAGCAACAGCUGCGACUGACGCAAAAGUACAGCCAAACAUCGAGCAGCAGCAGCACCACCAGCAGCAGCAGCAAGCUGGCCACACGCUCCUAUUCGGUGACCAGCAGCAGCAGCAGCAGCGGCGCUGCCGCUGUCAUGCUCGAGCAGCAGCAGCAGCAUCAACAGUUGCAACUGCAGCAGCAGCAGCUGCACAGUCAGCAGAAAAUUAUGUCAAGCAGCACUCGCAGCCAGAGCCUCCAAUCGAGCAGCGCCAUUGUGGGCGAGCAGAGCGGCCAUAUGCUAAGCACGGCAACUGCUUUGGCCUCGCAGCUCAAAGCGCAGUCGUCCACCUCGAUCAUCACCAGCGAGCAACGCAGCAGCACCACCAGCAGCAGCAGCACCACUCGCUAUGUGAGCAGCUCUCAGACUGGCACCAAAUCGAAGUUUCAGAGCUUCUUGCAACAGCCGGAGGCGCAUGGCUUCCUCACCGCCCAUCAGAAGCAUGUGCGUCAAUUUGUGCGCUCCACCUCGGCACAUUCGGAGGCUGCGGCCAGCACCACACCGGUGAGCGGUGCCAGGCCAGAGAAAUGCAUACGCAGCGCCUCCACCCAAAUCGAUGAUGCCUCGACAGUCAGCGCCGAUGGCACCGUGGGCAGCGACUCUAGCGGCGGCGGCAUGCAGUUGUCCAUUUCAAAGCUCGGACUGCAGCAAUCCUCUUCGAUUCUCAUCUCCAAGUCGGCCGAGACCAUUGAGAUGAAGAGCAGCAGCAGCUCCUCCACCGCCGGCAUGCGUACACAGCUAACGCUUAGCGGUGGCUUCUUGGCUCCACCCAAUCGUAAGAUAACCAUACUCAGUCCCAUACACGCUCCGCCGGGACUGCAUGACAUGCUCAAGCGUCAAGGACGUUCGCCACUCUCGCCGCGCAUCAGUUUCCCGGGCAGUGAGGUGGAUCUCUUUGGCUUCGAUGUAGAAAAUGGCCAGGGCGCCCGAUCACCGCUUGAGGGCGGUUCACCCAGCGCUGGUUUGGUGCUACAGAAUUUACCGCAACGUCGUGAGUCCUUUUUAUAUCGCUCCGAUUCGGACUUUGAGAUGUCACCCAAGUCCAUGUCCAGAAACUCAAGCAUCGCUAGCGAAAGGUUUAAAGACCAGGAGGCCUCUAUACUCAUUGACAGAUCCCAUGGCGAGGAUCUCAUUGUAACGCCGUUUGCCCAAAUUUUAGCCAGCUUACGUUCAGUGCGCAACAAUUUACUAAGUCUGACAAAUGUACCAGCAUCAAAUAAAUCCAGGCGACCAGCGCAAUCUUCAUCCGGACGAUCUGGCAACGCCAGCGGAGUGCAGCUCGCACAGGGAGAUGAGGCCUACACUCGCCUGGCCACCGACACCAUUGAGGAGCUCGACUGGUGCCUAGAUCAAUUGGAGACCAUACAAACCCAUCGCAGCGUCUCCGACAUGGCGUCGCUCAAGUUCAAGCGCAUGCUUAACAAGGAGCUAUCCCACUUUAGCGAGUCUAGCCGAUCGGGCAAUCAAAUAUCCGAAUACAUAUGUUCAACAUUUUUGGACAAACAGCAAGAGUUCGAUUUACCAUCGCUGCGUGUGGAGGAGAAUACAGAGCAUGCAGCUUUGCCGCCCAAUCAGCAAUAUCCGCGUAGUCGAUCCCCACGCGGUCCGCCGAUGUCACAGAUAAGCGGAGUGAAGCGCCCUCUAUCGCACACAAACAGUUUUACCGGCGAACGUUUGCCGACAUUUGGCGUAGAGACGCCCAAGGAGAACGAGCUCGGCACACAGCUGGGCGAGCUGGACACCUGGGGCAUUGAGAUAUUCAAAAUUGGCGAACUAAGCGUCAAUCGUCCGUUAACCUGUGUGGCAUACACCAUAUUUCAGAGUAGAGAAUUACUGACCAGUCUUAUGAUACCACCGAAAACUUUUCUUAACUUUAUGACUACUCUGGAGGACCACUACGUCAAAGACAAUCCCUUUCACAAUUCGCUGCAUGCCGCUGAUGUGACACAGAGCACCAAUGUGCUGCUCAAUACACCUGCGCUCGAGGGUGUCUUUACGCCUCUUGAGGUGGGCGGCGCUCUAUUCGCUGCUUGUAUACACGAUGUUGAUCAUCCGGGUCUAACCAAUCAGUUUUUGGUUAAUUCAAGUUCCGAACUAGCAUUAAUGUAUAAUGACGAAUCUGUUUUGGAAAAUCAUCACUUAGCGGUUGCCUUUAAAUUAUUGCAAAAUGUUGGUUGCGACAUUUUCUGCAAUAUGCAAAAGAAACAACGCCAGACAUUGAGAAAGAUGGUCAUUGAUAUUGUUCUCUCGACGGACAUGUCCAAGCACAUGAGUCUGCUCGCCGAUCUAAAGACAAUGGUGGAGACCAAGAAGGUCGCUGGCUCGGGCGUGCUGCUGCUCGAUAACUACACAGAUCGCAUACAGGUGCUUGAGAAUUUAGUUCACUGCGCCGAUCUGAGCAAUCCCACCAAACCGCUGCCACUUUACAAGCGCUGGGUGGCGCUACUCAUGGAGGAAUUCUUUCUACAGGGCGACAAGGAGCGAGAGUCGGGCAUGGAUAUUAGCCCAAUGUGCGAUCGUCAUAAUGCGACAAUUGAGAAGUCCCAGGUGGGCUUUAUCGAUUACAUUGUGCAUCCGUUGUGGGAAACUUGGGCCGAUUUGGUGCAUCCCGAUGCACAGGAUAUACUUGAUACGCUUGAAGAGAACAGAGACUACUAUCAGAGCAUGAUACCGCCAUCGCCGCCGCCAUCGGCCGCCGACGAUAUGCCGCAGGACGAGAAGAUACGAUUCCAGGUCACGCUGGAGGAGUCCGAUCAGGAGAAUUUGGCCGAGCUAGAGGAAUGCGAUGAGAGCGAGAGUCGAGGCGAUCCCGGCUCAAGCAACACCACUGACGACAACACGGCUGGUGGCCAGGGAGGCGGUGCCAAGCCGUCAGGGAGUCAAAAUCAACCACCACACGGUGGAAUGUGACGGAGAAUCGUGGGAAUUUAUCGCAAAAUUUCGGAAAAGGCGCACAGCUUCUUCCUAAUACGUUAGUGACUACAAUUUAAACAACUAUAACAACAAAACCUAAAAGAAAAACAUCCCCAAAAAAAAACCAAAAAAAAAAAAUUUUAAAAAAUCAAAAAAAAAAAAAUUAAAUGUUUACAAAAAGGAAAAUACCAAACACCAAUAGCUAAAUGUACCGUCUAACUUAUAAAGCAAACGAAAGCGAGCGAGAGAGGAAACACACACAACACAAAAUAUAAAAAUAAAAAUAAAAACUUUACUCAAUGGAAAAUGAGAUUGAUGUGGUUGAUACACUGAAAUAUACAAAAAAAAACACAAACAACAUAUAUAUAUAGAAAAAAACAAAACGUAUAAAAACAUAAUUAAGCUUAAAGUCAUAUAUAUAUAUAUACAUAUAUAUAAUAUUAAUUCAAAAGUCAAAAACCAAACCCAAAGCUCCCAAGACAAGACAAAAAGCGAUGCAGCCAGUUGGCCGGAAAGUUAUGAAAAUGCAAAAGAAAAUCUCCCCAGGCUGGUUGCAUAUGCAGGCAAAAACGAUUUGUUAACUUUCUCUAUACUGUAUACAUAUAUAUAUAAU